AUGCUCCGUCAACAACAAGAUGAACCUCUCACAAAGGUAUACACUGAUGCAGCCUGGAACGCUUCACGUCAAAGUGCAGGGUUGGGUUGGGUCUUCUCAGACGCACAGAGACCAGCUUUCUCAUGUGGCAACAGAGCGGAAGACUACGUUGGGUCUCUACUUAUUGCAGAAGCUUUAGCCAUUCGACUAGCACUAAUGGAGGCUCAAAAUAUGGGCAUAAAUGAUCUACAUGUCAACUUCUCUGCUGAUUCACUUGUAAGUUCUAAUCCGAGUCAUCCAAAAGAAAGAGCUUAUCAAGGAGCUUGUAGGAAUCCUCCAAGAUAUCUAUGA